AUGGCUUAUAGAACAAAGAUUUGCUCUCAAGGGGGCUUAUUUAAUGCUCCAAGACCAUUUAAUUAUAGUGCUGAAACACGUGCAUUUAUAAAUCAGUUGAUAAAUGAAAGCAAGAUGACAACAUUACAAAGGAAAGCUGUAGGAAAUUUAUUUAAAACAGGAAAACAACCCAUUCCGGAACGAACUGAUUUGAGACUAUCGGCUAAGAGCACGCCCAUUAAGAGAUACCGAUCAUCAAAACCUAGAACAUUAAAGAAUAUUAUUGAAUCCGGAGCUUAUGAACCCGAUAUAUUUCUCCCUGACUUGAGAACAAAAAAUUAUAAUUUUGAAAAAGAAAAAUUACAAAGUAUAAUGGCAUUUGGUAAAAUUACCAAAUUGGAUCCCGUUCAACAAACAAAAAGAAAGAUUGAUAAAAAAUCUAAAACAUACACUGAAGAAGAGCUUAUUGAUUCAAUUAUAUUGGAAAUCGAAAAUCGCGAAAAGUUCCUUAUUGAUAUGGAAAUGUUGGGUAAAGAAGCUAUGUACCAAGACUCUAUAAUAAAUGAAAUACAUUUUCACAUAAAACAUUUGCAAGAAUUUUACAGAAAAACUAAUUCAUACUAUCGAAAAGUGGAAGUGGAAGAAAUAGCAACAAAAUAUCAUUCUAUAUUAAAAAUUCACUCAAAAACAUUUGAUAAUCCAGUCGUCCACAAAAACUAA